UGAAUGCAUAGGCGCAAAAGGCUUCGAAUGGGGAGGACUAAGCCUUCUAUAAUUGUUUCAUAGUCUGCUCAAAAAAUAAAAAAAAAGGGAGUAACCAUUUUUCGUUUAAAUGACCCUCGUUUUAUGCCAAAGAUUAUACUCCAAAUUCCAAUUUCCGUCAAAAAUAAUUAAUAAAUUAUUUAAGAUAUUUUUUUAGAACUCCUACCCCUUAUAUCAGUUAUAUUCCGUGUUAUUUAUUAUUUUUUUAUAUAUUAAAAAAAUCAAACAUAAAUUACAAAUUAAAUAUUAUAUGAUUAGUUAAAGAUUUGAUUAUCCUACCUCUUGUAAGCUUAUGCAGCUGUGGGGGUCUAGACCAAAAUAGCGAAAAAAUUAACCGCAAAUGUAAAAAUCGCGAACUAAUAAUAGCGAAAAUAAAAAUAACGAAUUUUAAAAUAAGCGAUUAUGCAUAAUAGCGAAACUACAGAUUUUUAUAAUUUCUUUUUCAAAUACUAUAAAACAUAUACAACUAUAACUUAAUAAAACUUAUUUUUACCUAUAAUUUCUGGCGCCAUGGGCAGAUAGGCCUACCGGGAAACCGGGCAUUUCCCGGUGAGCCCCCUUCGUAUUUCGGUAAUAGGGCCCUUUUUAGACUUUUUUUUUUCAUGUGGGGGCCCCGCUUUAAAAUUUCCCGGUAGGCCAAAAAUGGCCUAUCCGCCCAUGUCUGGCGCAAUUAAUAUAUACCCAUUACCCACGAACGUAUCGGGUUAUCGUCAAUGUGUUGUCAUACUAUCAUAGUUACUAUUAUAACUAUUUUAAUAUUGGAAAUAUACCGAGAUAAGGUUGUCAAUCGUAUUAUCUUUGAGCUAAGACAAGUUAAUACAGUUGUAUUUCAGCAGUGCGUCAAUGAGUAGCUUGUAUAUUCUUUAGGAAGAAACCACCCUACUAUUUCAAAAUUUAUUGACUGAAUAAAGAAAAUUCAAAAUUUAGAAGAUUUAAAACGAGAACAGUAUAAUGCUGGAGAACAACCACAGAAAAAAAAAUACAAGUACUGUGCUAAAAGACUUAAUUUGUUAAUUACAAAUUAUAAUACUAAUAAUAAUAACUUGGAAAUUUAAAUUAUGAAUGAAAACAAAAAAGUGAGGAAAUGUACAAGCGAUGCAAUCAAAAUCAUUCUAUACGUGGUUUUUAUGACAACUUUGUUUCUAUUAUAUUUUAGUGAUAAUAACAAUUAUGAAAUUGAAAAUUCGAUAGUUUACCAUUCGGCCGAAUACAAUUCAUAUUAUAGAAAUGUCAUCAAAACUGAAAAUAAUACAAAAAUAUUAAUAAAAAUUGAUGAUAGCGUGAAAAAAGGAUAUGUCGUGUGGAAUGACAAUUGCCGAAUACCUAACAUUAGUGCCUACGAUAAGACAAUUAAAAAUUUAAUUAAAAAAAGCAAUUCUCCAAAGUGUUUUUCAACAUUGCCAUUAACAAGCGUUAUCCUUGAUGUAGAUAAAUGGUCUUACACUUUUAAAAUUAACCAUGGACUUCACUCACAAAUUUCAAAAUCAAUUGUUAAUUGCUGUUAUUCGCCAAUUAUUAGAAAUGAACUAAAAUUCAAGAAUAAUCCAAAAGAUGACGAUCGUUACAAAGUUGAGCCAAAAUGUUAUCCCAUAAACGAUUCAGAAAUAAUUCCCAAGUCAGUCGAAUACAUGUUGGUAACAUGUGAAUUGAAACCAAAUGGUGAUAAAUUAAAAUCGACGGUUUAUAAAGACAUUCAUGCAAUGGUAAUUGAUAAAGGUCAAAGGCGAUUUCGAAAUGCAGAUAUCCCAGAUAAACCCAGCGUAUUAAUAAUAUCCAUAGAUUCAUUGUCUCGCUUAAAUCUUAUACGAUCAAUGCCUAUAACAUAUCGUUUGUUAGAAACGCAUGGAUUUAUGUCACUUGAAGGAUAUACCAAAGUUGCCGACAAUACGUUUCCAAACGUUGUUCCAAUUUUAACUGGCAUGUUUGUUAAUCAAAUGACUAAACGAUGUUGGAAUAGUCCCAAAGACGAGAUGGAUGAAUGUCCAUUUCUGUGGAAAGAUUUCAAAAAGCGAGGUUACGUUACGGCGUACGUGGAAGACGAACCCAGCAUGGGCACUUACAACUUCGGCAAAUACGGAUUUCGAAACGCGCCAACGGAUUAUUACUCACGGCCUUACAUGCUGGCGGCCGAGCGUUACUUGCCGAUAGUCAAGUACGACGGCAUGAACUUCUGCCUGGGUCCGCGGUCAGCGCCUGAUCGGGUGUACGCUUACGUGGAGGACUUUGUCAAAUUGCACAGACACCACGGAUACUUCGCCGUUUUCUGGCUUAACACGUUCAGCCACAACGACUUGAACACACCGUCGGCGCUGGACCAGCAGACGGCGGGCGCUUUGUCGAAGUUGCUGAACGACCGUUUGCUAGAAAACGCCGUCACCGUGGUCCUCAGUGACCACGGGCUCCGGUUCGGGACGAUACGCGAGACGCAUGUCGGCUGGCUCGAGGAUCGGAUGCCAGCGUUUUACGCGCGUCUGCCUACUGGUUACAUAGUCGCGCGACCCAGCCACCGUGCUGCGUUGGCUGCCAACAAACACCGAUUGACGUCGCCAUUCGACCUACACCUAACGCUCAAGCAAUUGCUGUUUCAGCAGCUUAAUGACGACGACGAAAACAACAACAGUAGCCUACCGGCUGCUGUGGCCGAAGGCUGUCCAACUUGCCACAGCCUGUUCCGUCUGGCCGACUCCAACAGGUCGUGCGAACAAGCGGGCAUCGCGCCACAUUGGUGCACGUGUGACGAAUACGAAGAACUAGACCGACGCAGCAGGAUGGCAAUGGACGGCGGAAAGUACGUGGUGCGGCAGUUGAACUUACUGCUUGCAAAGUACCGAACGAUGGUGCGCAAGGGGUACGCUUGCUCAAACUUGUCGCUGAGUAAAACAGUGUCGGUCCGAAGCAGGGUGAACCGGGGAAACGGUCGCCGCGAGUACUUGUUGGUCGUAGAAACAUUACCGGGCCGGAGCAUGUUUGAGGUGACCGUCGGACAGGAAGACGACAGUGGCGCGUUCGGAAUGCUUGGCGACAUAAGUCGUAUCAAUAUGUAUGGGUUCCAGAGCUACUGCACGGACGACUGGAGACUGAAAAAACACUGUUAUUGCGUGAAAAAAAAUUGGAAGUCUGCUGGCAGUUAG